CUUUUAGUAUGCAUUCUUUUUAAUCUUUUUUUAAUCUUUACUUGUUUAUUUAAUCUCCACGUGUUUUUUAUCUAUGAAAACGGCAUCCUUAAUUAUCAAAAGUGAUGCUUGAAUCAUAUAAUUAUUAGUAAACGCGAAUAAGUCUGUGAAGUUUACACGUUUGAGAAAAAUAUUGAUUUAUUAAUUGAUAAUGACGAUUUAAAAACCCUAAAAGUAAAAAAAAAUAACUUUUUUGCUUUGAGAGCGGAAACCAAACAUGCCAUCAGACGUCACAGAUCUGGAUUACACACCUCCAGAUGGAGGCUGGGGAUGGGUGGUGGUGUUUGCGUCCUUCAUCUCCAUCGGCUUCGCUUAUUCCUUCCCAAAGUCCCUCACUAUUUAUUUCAAAGAAAUCCAAGAACAUUUUAUCAUCUCCUACAGUGAGAUAGCCUGGGUGUCCUCCAUCAUGAUGGCCACUACCUAUGCAGGAGGACCAGUGAGCAGUGUUUUGGUCAAUCGCUAUGGUAGCCGUCCAGUUGUCAUAAUUGGUGGGCUAAUGGUGGGCUUUGCUAUGAUGACAGCUUCUUUUGCCACCUCCAUAAUGCAUCUGUUUAUAUGUGUGGGGGUUAUUGGAGGCUUUGGGUUAGCUUUUAACCUGCAACCAUCGCUGACAAUAACUGCUAAAUACUUCCUUGUAAAAAGGCCUAUUGCAAAUGGUUUGGCGAUGACAGGGAGUCCAGUCCUACUGUCUGUAUUUGCCCCCCUCAACCAAUUUCUGUUCGACAACUUCGGGUGGAGAGGGAGCUUUCUUAUUCUUGGAGGUGUGUUGCUUCACUGCUGUGUGGCUGGAUGCCUUAUGAGACCCAUCAAGGUAAAGCCGGCAGUGAAGAAACCCACCCACCAAAGUGUCACAGAGGUGGACGUCACACAUCAGACUGCUGAAACAGUUAAUACACAAGGCUGUGCUGAGAAGGUUAACCGAUUCAUCGACCUCUCCAUUUUCAAGGACCGAGGCUUCCUCAUCUAUCUGGUGGGAAACGUUGUCAUGCUUCUAGGGAUUCAUGCGCCAAUCGUGUUCCUGGUACCUUACGCAGAGCAGCAUGGGAUACUUGAGGACGAUGCAGCAUUACUGCUCUCCAUAUUUGCUCUGGCGGACACGGUUGCGUGUCCAGUAACGGGUUUCAUCGCCAGCACCGGGUGGAUCCGUCCUAAUAUUCAGUAUUUCUUUAGCUUUGCUGUGGCAUGCAACGGCGUUUGUCACCUCACGGGUUCCCUCCUGACAGGUUAUGUAGGUCUGGUGGUGUAUACAGUGAUUUUUGGCUCGACCUGGGGGAUGGUAGGUGCUCUUAAAUUUGAAGUACUGACGGAUCUGGUUGGUGCCCAUCACUUCUCCAGCACUGUUGGGCUGGUCACAGUUAUAGAAUGCGUACCUGUUCUGCUUGGCCCACCGAUAUUUGGUUUACUAGUGGACAUUUACAAGGACUACAAGUUCAUACACUUUACAUGUGGUGGGAUGUUGUUGACUUCAGGCGUCUUUCUCUUCAUCAUGAACUAUUACAAUUACAGACAGCUGGAAAACAAGGAGAAAGCAAGUAAAAAAGAACAACAGAUCAGCUCAGCCAAUCAGCUCCCAGCAAGGGAGGAAGCCAAUGACAAAGAAGCGGCAGUCAAUAUGAGGUCGGAGGAAGCGACAUAUUCAACUUGAUUCAGUUUGCUUGUAUUAGAAACUCAUUGAAAACAUUAUAUACAUUAUUUGAAUGAAAGAUUGUUGCAAGGUGUACAAUAUAAGGUAUAAACAUGUGUUUUAUCUUA